AUGUUUGACAAGAGCCUGGGGCCUCUCAGGAACGCCUUGAAGUUGUGCAAGGAAGAGGCUCUUUGGCAAAGGUCCUUGCAUCUCCUCAACUAUUUCCCGGUUGUUGAUGUUUCCGCUUGGGAUGCUGCAACUGUCGCUUGCGGUCGCGCUGGACGUUGGGAGGUUUGCCUUUGGUUGCUGCAUGAACGCUGGACAGUUGAUACCCGCGCAACGUGGAAGGCUGGACAAGGAAAUCCUGGUUGUGGUGCUACCAUCAGCUCCUGUGCUCGCGCAAGCCUGUGGCCAUUGGCUUUACGUUUGCUUGCUGUAGCUCGUCAGCAGCGACAGCCAUUGGCAGACAGCAGCUGCAAUGCUGCGAUCAGCGCCUGUGUUCGAGUCGCAGCAUGGAGCCGGGCGCUUCGCAUUUUGCAGGAGGUGCCUAGAGCCAACGAAGGAGGUUAUAAUGUGACGAUUGCAGUUUGCAGUGAAGGGCGCCAAUGGGAGCGUGCGAUACAAUUGUUGCAGCUGAUGAGACAGGCAACUCGCCGUCCUGAUGAAUUCACCUUCAGUUCUCUAAUAGCUGCCUGCCAUCGCUCCACCACCUGGGAGGUGGCAAGUGGCCUGCUUGACGCCAUGCCCAGUUUGCAAGUGACACCCAAUAUCCUGAGUCAUUGCUCCAUGCUGACCUCGUAUGUGAAGGCCUAUCAUUGGGCACGUGCGUUGGAACUCUUCAAUCAUGCCAUACUUGGGGGAGAUUCUGACUCUACGAACCUUGUGGCUUGCACCGUGGCGUUCCAAGCACUUCAAUUGGCAGGUCCGUCAUGGACGAGAGGAGCGAAGCGGCUUUCGAAUCACAUGGGAGCCCGGCACGAUGUGGUGAGCAGCUCGGAUUCGCAUCCAGCAUCCAUUCAUGCGUGA